AUGCCGGCUCAGGAGACGGCGUGGGCCCCGGGCGGCGACGCGGCGGGCGACGCGGCGAGCCUGCAGGACGCGUUCAAGCGGUUUGCGCUGCGCAGGAAGCAGGACAGGCGGGCGGCGGAGGAGCUGCGGCGGCGCGGGGAGAGCUUCCGGCGGAGCGCGGAGGCCAAGAGCGAGCUGCGGCGGAAGUUCCUCGAGCGUGCGCGGCGGUACCUCGGGGUGCCGUACGCGCGGCGGUUCCACGCGGCGGAGGGGGAGUGUUCGUGCGAGGGGUGCGCUGAGAGCGGGCGGCAGCUGGCGCAGGAGCCGUUGUUUCUGGACUGCUGCGCGCUGGUGCGGCGGUGCGUGUCGGACCUGAAGGAGGAGUUCGGGUUCCAGCUGGGCCCGGGGAACCAGGCGUUCCAGUGGGACACGCUGCGCGCGCACCAGGUGGACUCGGUGGACCAGCUGCAGCCGGGGGACUUGAUCUUCUACUCGGGGGAGUAUUACAGCGAGAAGGCGAAGAAGCAGCACUUCGACAUGACGCACGUGGAGAUCUUCGUCGGCGGCGCGACGGGCGAGGCCGUCAUCGGGAGCCGCGAGAAGCACAAGUGGGUGAAGGAGUACGACUCGUACAAGUUCGACUCCAAGUCGUGGAAGCUCAAGGAGCACUUCUUCUGCUCCAUCGACGCCUGGCUCGAGGGCAAGUGCGAGCCGUCCGGCGAAAUCCCCUGGAAGUGGCUCGUUCGCGGCGACGGCACCCGGCGCUCGGUGUUUGACUGCCUCUCCAGCCAGCAGCAGCAGCAGCGCGCCAGCGCGACCGAGUCGGUCACGUCCACGCCGCGCAGCAGCGCGAGCGGGCGCAGCAGCGCGAGCAGCCGGAGCGGCGCGAGCGAGGGCAAGAAGAGACGGAAGGUGAAGCGCAAGGUCAAGAAGAGCAGCGCGAAGGCGGAUGCGGACAAGGCGGAGAAGGCGGCGGGGAGCCGGAGCAGCCAGGGCACGCCGCGCGUCCUGUCGUCGUCGCGGGGGUCCUCGCACGGCAGCCAGUCGUCGCUGCAGAAGCCCUUCAGGAUCUGA